AUGCCGGAAGAGGAAUUGGUGGAGCUCAAGUUCCGAUUAUACGAUGGAUCGGAUAUUGGACCGUUUCGUUAUUCACCAACUUCAACUGUUUCUAUGCUCAAAGAAAGGAUUUUCGCUGAAUGGCCUAAAGACAAGAAAAUCAUACCAAAGGCAGCAAAUGAUAUAAAACUCAUAAAUGCUGGCAAAAUUUUGGAGAACAACAAGACGGUUGGCCAGUGUAGAGUGCCUUUUUGUGAGCUUCCUAAGGGGGUCAUCACGAUGCAUGUUGUUGUCCAGCCAUCUUUGGCAAAAGCAAAAUCAGACAAAGUUGAUGAUACACCCAGAAAACAUUUUUGUGGGUGUACAAUAUUGUGA